CCUUUCAGUGCCCAUCAGUGCCACCUACCAGUGCCUCCUCAUCAGUGCCCAUCAGUGCCACCUAUCAGUGUCCAUCAUUGCAGUCUAUCAGUGCCCACCACUGCAGCCUCAUUAGCGACGUCAGUGAAGGAGAAAAAUCACUUAUUUACAAAAUUGUAUAACAAAAACUAAGAAAAAACUUUUUUUUUUUUCAAAAUUUUCAGUGGUUUUUGGUUUGUUUAAGAAAAAAUAAAAAUCCCAGAGGUGAUUAA